CACCCGUCGGGAACCACUGGCCACACGAUGACCACGACCACCAACAAGCGUGUGCUGUACUGCGGCGGACUGUCCGAAGAGGUGGACGAGAAGAUAAUCACUUCGGCGUUCAUACCAUUCGGUGAUAUCAUUGAUGUGAACCUUCCGAUCGACUUCGCGACCCAAAAGCACAGGGGAUUCGCUUUCGUGGAGUUCGAGUCGGCCGACGACGCCAUGACUGCCAUCGACAACAUGAACGACGCGGAGAUCUUCGGCAAAACGAUUCGCGUAAACGUCGCGAAACCCAUUAAACUGAAGGAGGGGUCGGCGCGCGCCGUCUGGUCGGAGGACGCGUGGCUCCAGAAGCACGCGGGACAGACACUCGCCGCAGAUGGCGGUAAGGCUCAGGCGGGCGAUGGCGAGUCCGGUGAGAAGCCUAUGGACGCAGAGGUGGGCGCAGAGAGCGGUGCCGCUGACGGCGCGGGCCUUAAGCGAGACGCCGAUGAAGUGACGGUCGACGAGGAGGAGGACGACUCGCCGGAGGCCAAGAAGUUGAAGGCGAAUCCGCACGUGUUCUUCGAUAUGCGAAUCGACGGCCAGUUUGUCGGUAGGAUUCGGAUUAUGCUUCGCAAAGACGUCGUUCCCCUCACGUGUGAGAACUUCCGGUGCCUUUGCACUCAUGAGAAGGGCUUUGGCUUCAAGAAUACGGUCUUUCAUCGGAUUAUACCUAACUUUAUGCUACAGGGCGGCGACUUCACGAACAGCGACGGGACGGGCGGCCGCUCUAUAUAUGGCCGCAAGUUUGAAGACGAGAACUUUGUGCUCAAACACAACAUCCCGGGCCUGCUAUCGAUGGCCAACUCCGGGCCCAAUACCAACGGAUCCCAGUUCUUCAUAACGACGGCCCAUACGGAGUGGUUGGACGACAAGCACGUGGUGUUCGGACAGGUAGUGCAGGGCAUGGAAGUGGUGAAGAGGAUUGAGUUGUGCGGCACGAAGAGUGGGAAACCCACGAAGAAAGUGGUCAUCACUAACUGCGGAGAACUCGUGUGAUUGGGGACACGCUUUGGCGCUUAGAUUAGACAUUCAUUUCAAUUCAAUGCAUAUAAUUGUCAUUAAUUUCACAAUUUAUUCAAAA